CUGGUUGGUUGUCACCGGUCGAGCUCCAAUUUUGCCGUUAUGGGCUGUUUGGUACAACGUGCCUUGUGCAGCUUGCUGGGCUCCAACAUAUUAAGUUGAUGAACUAGCCCAACAAAUUAAGUUGAUGAAAAAAACUUAAGUUUGAAAGGUUAAUUGCCAGGCUGAACACAAGGCAAGCACUAAUAGCUUAUAGAGCUUGAUUACAUUUAUGCAAAGGAAUUAAACCUAAUUGAGGAUUGUUGGUUACACUAUAGUCCUAAAUGUAAUUAAGGUAUAAUUUAAUUCUUUUGAUUUAUGAACUAACUUCUCUAUGUUACCUUUAAUUGUUCCAGGGAAUAACAUUAUACUGGCAGCUAUGAAACAUGGAUACUUCUAUUAGAGGCACAUAUCAAAAGUGGGAGGAAAGAUAGAGGGAAACACUUCUUUCUUUUUCUUUACCCUUCCAAAAAGUCCUUUUGAUAAUUAAAAAAAAAAUGAGUAAAAGUUAUGGAAGGUUAUAAUGGUCAAAUCAUGAGUGAAAGACCCUUCAUUCUUCGUUUCCCAAAGGAUACUUCUUUAGCACCUCCUACCAUUCCUUUUACCCCUGAUUUACGGUUUUUUAUACCAAACAGAGCAUAAAGAUUGUCAUACAUUCUUCAAUGUUAAUUGUUAGUUGUAGGAAUUUUAAUGUUGAAUUGAUAAUCAAGGAUACGAUAGUUUUAUAAUGUCUAGGGAGGGCUGGUAAUUUGGUCAUUGUGAUAUUUUUGUCUAUGCUGAAAAGUAGUUGUAAAAAUUUGCUUUUGAUAAUCAUCUACGUAGUAUUAAUUUAUUUACCUCUCUCACUUUGUCUUGUCAAUUAUUGAUACGUUAACUUUGGAGAGAGAGACAAGGGGAUCAUUUAAAUAUUUGUAUAAAUAUAUGAUGAUUACUUUUUCAAGUUUUUGCCAAUAUGUUAUGGAGGAAGUGAGGAACAAUGUGUGAAUAUUGAUGUUUUGAGUUUGACCUGAUUUCAGUGCGAUUAUGAUACCAUUUCAAUUUACAGAACUUUGGGCCUAUUGGUUGGUUGAGUUGUAAUAAAUUUAUCCUGUCAUCACAAAAAAAUACUUUUUGAAAAUGAAAUGUUGUGUUAACUUCAUAGCUUUUCGAAGAGAGUUUUUCAUCUUCUGUAGCAUAAGUAUCAUUCAUGUUUUAAGCUUAUUACCAAACCUUCUUUCAGCGGAGCAACAUGUGUAUUUAUCCCAGAUUGCUUUUGUAGCUCACUUGGAUGAUGAACAUUUGUGCUAGUUGAGAUAAUUAUUUAAUUUUGUAAUAUUGGAACACUUCUUUUAGUCCUUCCACUCAAAGUUGAUUUUUUAUUUUUUCUUUUAAAUUGGAAGCAGAAUUUGAUUUUUCAUUCCAUCUCGAUGACCAAUGUCAUUAUGCAGAUGUGCAUUCUUAUAUUUGUGGGAAAUAAUGGUGAGACCUACUUUAAUACGGUAGCUCUGGUCUCAUGCGUGCAAAACUUCCCCAAAAGCCGGGGUCCUGUGGUGGGAAUACUGAAGGGAUUCGCUGGGUUAGGUGGUGCUAUUUUGACCCAGAUAUAUGCAAUGAUCCAUUCCCCUGACCACGCAUCACUCAUAUUCAUGGUUGCAGUUGGUCCGGCAAUGGUGGUAAUUGCUCUUAUGUUCAUUGUCAAGCCUGUUGGAGGUCACAGACAAGUUCGGCAAUCUGACAGCUUAAGUUUCACAUUUAUAUAUAGUGUGUGCCUCCUUUUGGCUGCUUAUUUGAUGGGGGUCAUGCUUCUCGAAGAUUUAGUUGAUUUGAGCCACACUGUGGUCACAAUUUUCACAGUAAUUUUACUUAUUCUCAUAAUAAUACCCAUUGUGAUUCCGGUCUCAUUAAGUUUUUCAUCAGAGCCAAGAGAUGCGGCAGAAGAGGCUCUUCUACCCCAGCCAAAUAAACAAGAUCCUAGCAAAUCUGGGCAUGAUGUAAAUGAGGUUAUAUUUAGUGAGGUAGAAGAUGAGAAGCCUAAGGAAGUAGACUUGCUUCCAGCAUCAGAGAGGCAAAAAAGAAUUGCCCAGCUGCAAGCAAAAUUAGCCCAAGCAGCUGCAGAAGGAGCAGUUAGGAUCAAGAGGAGGAGAGGUCCGCGCAGGGGGGAGGACUUCACCUUGAUGCAGGCUUUGAUCAAAGCAGAUUUUUGGCUCAUCUUUUUCUCACUUCUAUUAGGUUCUGGAUCUGGUUUGACAGUAAUUGAUAACUUGGGUCAGAUGAGCCAGUCUUUAGGGUAUGAUAAUGCACAUAUAUUUGUUUCCAUGAUCAGCAUUUGGAACUUUCUUGGGCGCGUUGGUGGUGGUUACUUUUCUGAGAUUAUUGUCAGGGACUAUGCUUAUCCAAGGCCAGUGGCCAUGGCUGUUGCGCAAUUCAUAAUGUCAAUUGGCCACAUCUUCUUUGCUAUGGGAUGGCCUGGGGCAAUGUACAUUGGUACUCUUUUGAUCGGGCUUGGAUAUGGAGCCCACUGGGCAAUUGUGCCGGCUGCUGCCUCUGAGUUGUUUGGGUUAAAAAAGUUUGGCGCUAUAUACAAUUUCAUCACUCUGGCAAACCCUGCAGGUUCGCUAGUCUUCUCUGGUCUCAUUGCUAGCAGUAUUUAUGAUAGUGAAGCAGAGAAGCAAGCUCAUCGGCACCAUCAUCAUCAACAUCAACUGAAAUUGGGAUCAAUCUUCCAAGGCUUUCUUAAUCUGGAUGAACCACCAAAAUGUGAGGGUGUCAUCUGCUUCUCUCUGACGUCCAUGAUAAUGUCAGGGUUCUGCAUUGUUGCAGUUGGUUUAAGCAUGAUUCUUGUGUAUCGGACUAGGAUUGUGUAUGCCCACCUCUAUGGAAAAUCUCGUACUUGAUGCGGAAGAGAGACACAAUGGCUUACCAUGAACAAGAGAGAUAACUCGAUGGUUUUUGUGCACUUGGUGUAAGAUUGUGGCGUUUCUCUGUUUCAAACGUGUGUUUGUGGAAGUAUUCAUUGAGAGAUGGUGGAGGCAUGUAUACUCCAGAACAGCUCUGUAGCUAGCAAGAACUAGACAAAAUUAAGGUGUAACCACAUCAUUGUUUGUGCGCCAUAUUGUAAUUGAAUGAGAUAAAGAUUUUCUGUUUUGAAUGUCAAAGAGUGUAUAUGUUUCUUUUGUCAAAAAUAUGGGCAAUUUGUUGGAUUGAAGUUUUUGUUAUUAAAGUUGGUUUUGUAAUUUACUUGACAGUGAGUAA